GAUACAAAGGUCCACGAAAGUCAUUAUCAUUUUACUGCCUAGGAAAACAAAGCAGGAAUCUUCUAGAUCCAGGACCCAUCCUGGCACUGAGGCACUGUGCCUCACAACAGAGAAGAAACACUCAGGAAACAAAAUGGAUUCUAUUAGUGGAAAAAUGAUGCAGAUUCAGUUUCUGUUAUUAUUCAUGGUGACUGUUUCAUCAGGGAAUACUGCUCCUGAGUUUGCACAAAAUAUGACUGCUGCCUUUAUACCGGAAGAUACUCCUGAGGAUGCGUGUGUCUUCUGGAUUGUGGCAACAGAUGCAGACAAUGAUCGUUUGGAGUACAGUAUGGAAGGACCAGACUCCUAUUAUUUCAAUGUCAAUCCAACCACUGGGGAGGUGCAAUUAUCAAUUACUUUAGAUUAUGAGAGCAAAAACAAGCUCAGUACUAUCAUCAAAGUACAAGAUCAAGUGAAUAGACCAGUUAUGAGACAAUUUCCAGUGAUAGUAGAGGAUCGCAAUGAUAAUGAUCCAGUGUUCUUAGGCAUCCCAUAUGAAGCCAGUAUCAAUGAGAAUCAGCCACAGGGCUCCAAUAUUUUCAAUGUUACUGCAAAAGAUUAUGAUAAUGAUGGGAAUGUGCCAGUGACAUACACCAUUGAUGAGAUCAUACCAAAUGAUUCACAGUCAAACAAUCUCUUCUCCAUUUUGCAAAAUGGAAGCAUAAUACUCGACGGCACCUUGAACUACAAUAAUAAAAGCAUCUUCUACCAGCUGACUGUCAACGCUACGGACAAAGGAGGGUUAUUUCAUGGUGUAAACGUCUUUAGAAGCACUCUUGCAUAUGUGUCAUUGAAAGUUAUCGACUUGCCGGAUUUGGACCCACAGUUCAUUAAUUCACCUUAUUCCAUUUCUAUUGAGGAGAACAUAUCACUGAGUACUAUCAUCUUCACAGUUUCUGCCAUUGAUGGGGACAGGGGAAUUAAUGAUGAAAUCCAAUAUUCUAUUGAAAAUUCCUCAAAACCUGGAUUGUUUGGGAUUAACAGUAAAACUGGAGAAAUUUUUGUAACUGCACUAAUUGAUAGGGAAGCUUUGGUACAAGAUGGUGAACAGGUUCUACUGACUGUAAUGGCUGAAGAAAAGAACCUAAAUGUAAACCACGAGAAAGCCACAAGUACCACUACUGUCACUGUUCGUGUCCUGGAUAUAAAUGACAAUAAGCCUAAUUUCUACAGCUGUGAAAUAGAUAAUUGUGAUUUCAAUGGUGCCCCCACUUUGAAUUUUGUUGGAGAAAUCGAAGAGCAUUCCUCUAUCCGUGUGCCAGUAGCAAACUUAACUAUCACUGCCCAUGACCCAGAUAAGGAUAAGAAUGGAAAUUUCAAUCUUUUCCUGAGAGGGAAGAAUCAAGAUUGUUUCUCAGUGAGCCCAGCACAGGUACAAAACACGGGCCUAGUACAGAUUCUCGUCAAAGACUCUGCUGCCAUAGACUUUGAGAAGGUGCAGAAAAUGGAAGUGGAGAUUGUGGCCAAUGAUACUGGACUCAAAGACUGCUGCUCAUAUGCUAAUGUAACCAUCAAUAUCAUAGAUAUUAAUGACAACACACCUGAAUUUUCUAAUGAUACUUAUUACUUGGAAGUGAUGGAAAACUGUAAGAAUGGCACCCAGAUUGGAACAAUUACGGCAACAGAUUUGGACUCUGGGGAUCUUGGAAAAAUCACUUACCAGCUGUUACCAGAAUCUAUACAACAGAUCUUCCAUGUAAACAGAGACUCUGGGGAAAUCACUGCCAUCAGUGGAAGCUUUUUGGAUCGAGAGCGCCGUUCUUUAUAUUAUGCAACACUGCGGGCUGCAGAUGGGCUCAAUGCAACUGGUACCGCUCUGCUUGAGAUAACUGUUCUAGAUGAAAAUGAUGAGAUACCUACAGCUAUAGGAACAUACAAUAUUUUCGUCAAUGAGAACACUGAUGAUGUCAGGAUCCAGAUUGAGGCUUUUGAUGGUGACGAACCAAACACCAAUAACAGCCGCAUAGAGUUCCUCCUCCUGCCAAGUGCAAUGAGUAGCAACUUCACUGUCAAUGUGACUACAGGACUUGUGACAAGCAUAGGGUCUCUUGACCGAGAGGCUAUUGACGAAAAAGACAAUGGUCGUAUUGUGCUGACAGUAGAGUUAUAUGAUUUGGGUGUUCCUUCUCUUACUUCUGAGGUCAAUGUUACCAUCAAUGUUGAGGAUCUAAAUGACAAUGCGCCUGUAUUCAGCAAGUCUGUCUACAAUUUUUCUGUUAAUGAGAGCACAAUAGCUGCACAAGUUGGAAUUCUAAGCGUCAGAGAUCAAGACCAGACUGAGCUGAACAAUCGUGUGAGUUUUCGUAUUUCUCAAGGAGGAUCAGGGAACUUUAUUAUCCGUGCUCAAAAAGAUGAAUCAGGCCUGUAUAGUGGAAUUCUUUCAUUGGAUCCUGAUGUGAUGCUGGAUUAUGAGACACAGCAAAGCUUUACUUUAAUCAUUGAAGCACAAGAUAAUGGGCUCCAGGGAGUCAGUCACACAGCAACUGCCACUGCCAGCGUCCAAGUGCUGGAUCUCAAUGAUGAGCCACCAUAUGUUGACCCCUCCUCUCUAAAUGAUCAGUUUCUUCUUGAGAACAGAACUGUGGGAGAAGAGUUACUUACCACUCUGAAGGCAUAUGAUCCUGAUACCGUCCAUGAACUGGAAUUUCAGGCACUCUCAGUGGAGUGCUUUAAGAAUGGCAAUGAUGUAGGCAACAUUUGCUAUGAUUGGCUCUGGUUGGCUCCAGAUGGUCAGCUUUUUGUAAAUAACACUGAAGUUGUUGACUAUGAGCUGUGUGAUGCAAUGGUGAUGAUGCUGCGUGUAGAGGACAAGCUGACAUUGAUUGGGGACAAAUACAGCAAGAAUGUAACCCUGCGUGUGAAUAUACAAGAUAUCAAUGACCAUGCUCCUGAGUUUUUGGAUGUUGAUGAAGUUUUUGUGGUUGUGCCUGAUAUAGCCCCCAUUGAUUACCAAGUGGCUCUUGUCAAGGCCACCGAUAAAGAUUCUGGUCUGAAUGCUGUUCUAAAAUUUUCAAUCACCUCCGUUGAGUUUAUCUCAGGGGAUGUUAUCAAACCACUUCUGAACAUCUUCACUGUUGUCACCACUAGUGAAAAGGAAAUCUACCAGGGAAGCAUCAGGGUCGCUAGCUCGCUGGAUGCAACUUUGAAGGGUAAUUACCGAGUAACUGUGACUGCAGAGGAUUUAGGAAACUUCUCCCUGGCUGCUACUCGUGUAUUGGAUAUUUUUGCUGUUGAUCAAUCUUAUCGGGUCACUCUAAAAUUCUCAAAGACUGCUGAUGAAGUGCGAGAGACUUCAGAGGAGAUCAAAAGAGCUCUGACAAAGGCAACAAAAGCAACAGUGUAUGUGGCACAGAUUAAGGAUGAUGAGCCUCAGACAAAAAUGAUAAUGCAGCGGGCUAGUGCCCAGUGCAUUAUGUCUGUAUAUUUUGUAUACAAUAAUGGAACUGCUAUCACUCCAGAGGAAUUGGAAAGGAUUUUACAGAGUGACACAGCAGCGCUCUCAGAACUUCUACAGCUGGGACUGUUUGUUAUUGGCGGGGGCACAGACCCCAAAAAAACAAAUGAAAUCCUGUAUGGAGUUAUUGCAGGCCUGGCUGGUGCCUUGUUGCUCAUCGUUGUGAUUAUGAUCAUAGCUCUGGCCUGCAUGCGGAAGAGCCACAAGAGGCAGCUUCGAGCAGUAAAAGCUUUGAAGGUGGCAAAGACUUUACCUGCAGAGAUGGUGCAGGGAGUGGAGGCCAUACCUGGAACCAAUAAAUUUAAUUCAGAUGGAGCCAACCCAAUGCUGAAUCUUGAUAUGAACCCAAUUAUAGAUCUGGGCUUUGAAGAAAGCAGUUCAUAUAGUGACAGUGCCAGCGUGAACUCUCUUGAUGAUAAUAUGAUGGCCAAAAAUGGAGGUCAAUCUUCAGUUCUCCAGGAAAACCCAGAUGUGUCUGGGCCUUCAGGAAGAGAUGAAGAUAGCAGAACCAGCGAAGAACCCUUGGCUGCUGCACUCAGUGGCAGGAUGGAAAAAUCUUACAGCAAUGGAGCCCUGGAUACUACAGACUUGUAAUAGUGACACAAGAUUAACACACUGCAGUGCCACUAAAUGUACACUUUAAUUUUGCUUGAUCACGAUACUGAUUUGUAUGACUUUAUACAAUGUUUUGCAUGGUACAAUGGGACUCUCCACUAGCCUACAGGCCACUCACUAGCACAAGCUGGCAGCAGACUGAUCUGUACAUGAGCAUUUGCAGAGAUGCCUUAUCUCUUAUGAUAUCUUAUAUGAUAUUUUAUGAUACCAAACAAAAGAAGGAAAGCAACAUAUACAGCAGGAUUCACCACUCCAUGCACACUAUAAAUUAUUUUACAUAUAUAUAUAUAUAUAUAUAUAUAUAUAUAUAUAUAUAUAUAUAUAUAUAUAUAUAUAUAUAUAUAUAUAUAUAUAUAUAUUCAACAUCUUGCACAUCCUUAGCACAUAAUAGUGACAGCUCUCUAACAGAAGAACUCUGGUAUAUUGAUACAUAAGUGUGCUGUUCAUAACUUACCUGUGUCUGCUUUACUAUAAAGAAAUCACUUCCUUAACACAAUGACUGUAUACACACUAAGGAUUGUUCCUCAUGUAUUAUUGUUCUGUUAUUGUGGGUACUAUCCAUUUGGGCUGAUUAUAAAAUUCUGCACAACUCCUGGGAAGACCCAAUUUAAUGGAAAAGCCUCUGUGGUCCUAGAUUUCAGAUGAGCUGGGCACAAAGAACUAUGCACAGUUAAAUAAUGAUAAUAUUUAAGAAAAGCAAAUUGUCCUUUUUAUUGCAAGAUCUAUGGAUGCCCCUCCCCUCUAGCUGCGUUGCUAGUGCUAUUUGUUUAGAAUAUGUAUAUAGUUACAGUGCAGUGGAUUUGUAAGCCACCUGAACAUGAUGCCAAGAAAUAUGAACAUUAAUAAAUUGUGAUAAAACUUGACCUGCCUAAACCAUGUCACCCUGCCUAUGGAAGACCAACAACACAUACAAAUACACAUUUCUAAUUAUUAUUAACAUGUAUUUAUAGAGCGCCAACAUAUUUCGCAGUGCUGAAUUAUUGGAACUGUAGUCCAUCAGUAGCUUGAUUAGUAGUGUUAAGGAAUUUGGUUUUAACCAUUUCAUGUGUAUUGCAGUUUUGCCCUCUUUUUUGUUUGGUAACUAUAUUUAAAAUUGUGCCCUUCCUGCUUUGAGCUAAGUUGUCUCCUCUUUUAUAAACAGUGUAAUUUAGAUUUAAAAAAAAUGCUACUCUUGAAAUAAUAAGACAAAUGCAAAACAUUCAGCUUUACAUGCAUAUUCUGAUCCCUAUUCAUUCCUCGAAAUAAAGGCAGUGUUUGUUGA